AUGGAUCUUGACGAUACGACUGCUCCCGAAGAAAUUCAUUCUUCAGUCGAUGAAGCUCGUAAAGCUGAAGAAAAGGCUCGAGAAGAACGUCUCAAAGAAGAAAAAAAAAUUAAACAACAUGCUCAAGAAGAAGCUAAAAUUGUGGAACAAGCG